AUGCAGACAUUUUUUUUAUUCAUCUACACUACAUCGGGACCGCUCAUUCCAGGUGACAGUUCCGGCUCAUGCUCAGAAGAAGAAAUAAACAAUGUCUUACCAGAAGAUCCGAGAGAUCGGCCAGUUGCACACAUGUGCCCACGUUGUCAAGAACAAUUCGAAAAUCUACAUGAUUUCUUGUACCACAAAAGACUUUGUGAUGAGAAGGCAAUCCAAAUGGGCGAAGAGAGAAUGCACUCUGAUCCAGAGGAAAUGGUUGUUUCGGGGGACGAAGAGAUGGAUGGGCCGAACAAACGUUUAGAACAAGUACGAAGGCAUCGACAAGAUGCUGAAAACAAUAACAGUCUUGAAGAUGGCGAGGCGGAAGUACCUGAAGCUGACGUACCGCCGGUGGGACUCCCCUUCCCAGUAGCCGGUCACGUAACGCUGGAAGCCUUACAAAACACAAAAGUGGCUGUAGCUCAGUUUGCCGCAACGGCAAUGGCAAACAACGCAGAUAAUGAAGCGGCUUUACAUGAGCUCGCUGUUUUACAAAGCACAUUGUUCACACUGCAACAUCAGCAAGUGUUUCAACUGCAGUUAAUUCGUCAACUACAAAAUCAACUGUCACUAACGCGACGGAAAGAUGAACAGCGCCUAAGCCCUCCGCCCAAUGAACCAGAGCCAGUAGUGCCUGCGCCUCCGGCUCCAUCGCCGUCACCGCCUCGUCCGCCACGGGAGCCAUCUCCUCCUAUACCUACUCCUCCUACAAGCCAAAACUUGCCGUCGACCCAUUCGCAUCUUACGCCUAAAACUGAACCAAUUACCAUUCCUAAAAUUCCGACCUCGUCACCACCUAUGAUGACUCACCCACCCUAUAGCUCCAUAUCGUCAUCGUUAGCAUCUUCCAUAAUCACAAAUAAUGAUCCACCGCCGUCCUUGAAUGAGCCCAACACUCUCGAAAUGCUUCAAAAACGAGCACAAGAAGUACUUGAUAACGCUUCGCAAGGUUUGCUAGCUAACAACCUUGCUGAUGAGCUUGCUUUUCGUAAAUCCGGAAAAAUGUCACCGUAUGAUGGAAAAUCUGGAGGGCGAAACGAACCUUUCUUCAAGCAUCGCUGCCGAUACUGCGGGAAAGUUUUCGGCAGUGACUCAGCACUACAAAUCCACAUUCGUUCACACACAGGUGAAAGACCUUUUAAGUGUAAUGUGUGUGGUUCUCGAUUUACCACUAAAGGAAAUUUAAAAGUACAUUUCCAAAGACAUACUGCAAAAUUUCCACAUGUCAAAAUGAAUCCAAAUCCGAUACCAGAACAUUUGGAUAAAUAUCAUCCUCCUCUAUUAGCACAACUGUCGCCGGGGCCGAUUCCUGGAAUGCCACCCCAUCCACUUCAAUUCCCUCCGGGUGCUCCAGCACCAUUUCCGCCAAGCUUGCCGUUAUAUAGACCACCACAUCAUGAUUUACUGCCCCCACGCCCACUGGGUGAUAAGCCUCUUCCGCCUCACCCACUUUUUGCAAUGAGAGAAGAACAGGACGCACCGGCUGAUCUCAGCAAACCUUCAGUACCAAGUCCACCUCGUGCACCUGAAAUGUUUAAAUCUGAACCUCAAGAUGACGAAUGUCAACGGGAAUCUAGUUUUGAGGAUAAUGACCGUGUAUCACCAAAGCGAGAACUUGAAGAAAAUGACGCUGGUCAAGAUGCAGAACAAGAUCGGUAUCCCUCAACGUCUCCAUACGAUGAUUGCAGCAUGGACUCGAAAUACAGCAACGAAGAUCAAAUUGGCAGAGAGAGUCCACACGUGAAGCCUGAUCCAGAUCAACCGGAAAAUCUUUCAAGUAAGAAUUCACCGAUAUCUGGACCAAUUUCAAUAGCAACGGGACUUCGUACUUUUCCUUCAUAUCCCUUGUUUCCGCACUCUCCUCCUAGCAGUAUUUCCUCUGGUAGCCUUACACCUUUUCACAAUAUUCCUCACGGUGUUGUUGAGCCUGAUUUAGCUCGUGAUCCCGUUUUUUAUAAUUCAAUACUGCCGCGGCCUGGAAGUAAUGAUAAUUCAUGGGAAAGUUUGAUUGAAAUAACUAAAACUUCAGAAACUUCUAAAUUACAGCAAUUAGUCGAUAAAAUAGACAAUAAGGUAUCUGAUCCUAACGAAUGCAUAGUAUGCCAUCGAGUCCUAUCUUGUAAAAGUGCUUUACAAAUGCACUAUCGAACACAUACCGGUGAGCGACCGUUUCGGUGCAAGCUCUGUGGUCGAGCUUUCACAACUAAAGGUAAUUUAAAGACCCAUAUGGGUGUCCAUCGUAUUAAACCACCAUCACAAAUGUUACAUCAAUGCCCAGUUUGUCAUAAAAAGUUUUCUGAUCCCACCAUACUUCAUCACCACAUACGGCUUCAUACAAUUGACCGAGGUAACAUUUCUUUCGAUCAGGUCCGCGGUAUUGAAAUCAACUAUUUUCCUCAAUUCAGUAAUACUUCCGAUGCCAGUGAAUUCACACCCUACCGACCUAUCCCACCCUCUAUGUUUCCUACUCCGUCCACUCCCGGCGACCGACGGGCGGACUCCCGCGGAACCGACGAUGAGAGCGGCCGGGACGAGCGUGAGCCCGCUACUCGGGAGUUCGACGACGACUCUGAAAUGAAGGAUCGUCGAACUUCGCCGCUCUCCGUCUGCGCCUCGGCGUCCGAAUUCGAAGUUAAAACCAUCACAACAACGGCUUCCCUCCCAUCGGCGACAGGUUCGGAGAGCGGGCGGAGCGCGCAGGCUUCGCCGCCGUCGCCAUCGCUGUCGUCGCUGUCGACGCCGCCGCGGCUGCCGCAGCACUCACCGCUGCCUUCACCGCCCACGCCCCUUGCUGCGCUCGGUGCUCUCGGUGGAUCGCCCUUCAGCCCACUUGGACUCGCGUUUCCUCCCGCAGUGCGCGGCAACACAACGUGUAACAUCUGCUACAAGACAUUCGCCUGCAACUCUGCUCUGGAGAUCCAUUACCGCAGCCACACUAAGGAACGACCGUUCAAGUGCACUGUCUGCGAUCGUGGAUUUUCUACAAAGAGCAGUGGCGGCGGUUGCCAGUGCGGUAGGCGCGCGCGCGCACCCCGCCCGCCGCACGCCACUGCUUUGGAUCUCUGGAACGCCUUCGUCUAUCCGGGAAAUAUGAAGCAACACAUGCUGACGCAUAAAAUACGCGACAUGCCUCCCGGCUUCGAUAAAGGGGGUAAUGGAUCAAUGGGACCAAACGAAGAAUCUCGUGAGCCUAGUCCGGACAGACGCUCGUCCCCUGACAAGAUGGACCUCAAAAGGUCUCCACCCGCUCAUCCGCCUCCACCUAUGACACACGCUCCGCCGAUCGACAUGCCACCACUGCCGAAACGACCGACCGUACCAAGUACUCCAACCCACCAACCACCAUCAGCGUCCUCGAAACACUUAUGCGGAGUAUGCCGCAAAAACUUCUCAUCGUCGUCCGCGCUCCAAAUCCACAUGCGCACUCACACGGGCGACAAACCCUUUCGCUGCGCUGUCUGCCAAAAAGCUUUCACCACAAAAGGAAAUCUUAAGGUGCACAUGGGGACGCAUAUGUGGAGCGGUGGAGCCUCGAGACGCGGGCGUCGAAUGUCGCUCGAGUUGCCGCCACGCCCCCUACACGAACCGCACGACCUGCUCCGGCGACCUGAUCUCUUCUACCCCUACUUACACGCGCCCUUCCUUAAUGGCAUGCAGCAAAAGCUGAAUGAGAUAUCAGUGAUACAGCAGAGCGCCGGGCAGAACGGUGUGGCAGGCAAGUUCCCGGGACUGCUCGGUUUUGGUGCGUUUGGCGCAGGUCGGCCUGGCGCAGCGUCGCCGCUUGAACGGCCGCCGUCUUUAGACGGUGGCGAUGAGAGACAAGCGGCAAUGCGAGAACUAGCAGAACGCGGCCGGGAACUCGCCGAGCGAAGUCGCCAAAUGCGCGAGGACAGCGAACACUAUCGCUCACCACCAGCUCUCGCGCCCCAUCAGCCACCCUCCGCACAGCCCUCUCCACCUACCCCUCACCAUCCACUCCCCCACUCCCUAGCCUCGCUUCCACCCCCAGCCAGGACUGAAGGCCUAACCGUCUAA